AAAUCUCUGAUUGGAUUGUGGAACCCUAAAGAGGAAAACAAAAUAUUUAUCAUCAUCAUCAUCAUCUGUCUUUCAGAUAGAAUUGAUUUAUGUAAUCUGAUAUUUGUAGGUACCCUGGAAAUAUAUCAGUCCUUUAGCCAGUAUUAUAUGUAGUAAUGUGUGUCAGUAUUAUCUAUAUCAAUCAAUCACUUUUAUUUAUAUAGUGCUUUUAACAAUACAGACUGUGUCAAAGCCCUGAACAGUAUUACAUAGGAAAAUAAAAAGAUAGGGAUGUAUAAUGUCGAGAUUAACACUUUUUUUUAUUAAACGCAGAGACAGUCUCUGUAAUGAAAUCGACAACAGUCGCUAGAAGUGAAGUGUCCCUAACUAAGCAAGCCAGAGGCGACAGCGGCAAGGAACCAAACUACAAUGGAGAAAGAAAAACAUGCGAGAAAACAGGCUCAGUUAUAGCUAUAGUAACAUCACCUUUUUACUGUGGUGACCCUUACCUUUUCUUACUGUGUAGUAAUGUAAUGUGUAUCAGUAUUAUCUGUAGUCACAUUAGUAUCUUUAUUUACUGUAGUAAGUGCACACCAUACACUAUAACUGUAAGGCAAAAAAUAGUUUUUAACAUCUUUGCAAAUUUUUUUAUUUAUUUAUUUUUUAUAAAAACACUAAAAUUAUUCCACUGCACAAGUAUUCAUACCCUUAUCUGGGACAGUUAAAAUUCACAAAAAAUGAGAACAUUCAUAUUAUUUGUAGAUGUUACUACACUUAGGGUGAAGUGAACCUGUGGCAAAUUCAAUUGAAUGGGUUCGAUUUGGAAAGUCAUUCGCUGCUUAAUUAAAGGUCUAACAGCUGAUAUCAGAGCAAAAACCAUACACUAAGGUGAAUGGAAACUCCCUGAAGAACUGAGAAACAGGUUUGUACCAAGCCACACAUCUGUGAAAGAGUUUUAAAAAAAGAUUCUGCUUCGCUGAAGGGUCACAGAAGCAUGUAGCCUUUGUAAACCUUAAAAGAAAAAGUUUGAUCUAGCCUCCUAGCCAAACUGAGCAACUCAUGAAGAAGGGCUAAGGUUAGAGGGGUGGCCAAGAACCUGAUGUUCAGUCUAGUCAUGAUCUUCAUGGUCAUAUGUGGAAAAAGAAGAAAUCACUGCAACACUUCAUCAGUUGGGGCUUUAUGGCAGUGUAGUAAGACUCCAUCCUCUAAUCAGUUGAAUUUGGAAUUUGCAAAAAAGCACCUAAAGGACUCUCAGAUUCUGAGAAACAAGAUUCUCUGGUCUGUUAACGUGUAUCGCUUUUUUCUGUAUUAAUAUUUGUUUCCUGUAGUAACGCGCUUGAGAGACGCGUCAUAGCAACAGACUUUCGAUCACGAGCACAAAGCGGGUUAUGAGCUGGAGCACCGAUUCUUCUGGACCUGUAGAAACUGAUGUAUUACUGAGUGUGGUGACAGAUUUUUAUCAUGCUUCAAAUCCCAGUGUCAGAAUAUGAGCGCAAUCAUCUGUCGAGAGUUUCCGACGACGAUACCGAUCAUAUUUGGUCGCUCGUGUCGUGUUUUAUUCAGCAACAGAUGUUGAAGGGAAAAGGGGUUUAUAUCUUCGGUUUAGGGACUUUCACGUUCUGCCAGCAGAAGCUCAACCUCGGAAACAAACAUCUUCUCAUAGAGAGACCCGUCUUCAUCCUGACAGAGAAACUCUCUCAGCAUUAUGGAUUUAAACAGAACAAACCACAGGCUACAGACGCUUCGGUGGGGCCCCUCAACUUCUCGGCCCUGAGCGCCAAGGGCCCGUUCCAGCGAGACGUGGUGGAGAGAUGUGUGCGGGGAACUCUUCUCCUGCUGCUCCGCGCCGCAGCCACAAUCCCGUCCGUCUCUCACACUUUCCCUGGGAUCGGAGUCCUGACGUUCAGGCACAGCCGGGUCAAGAUGCUGUUCAGCCCUGACUUCAUCUCAGCCCUCGAUGCCUCCAGGAAACCUUUCUCCGCUUCAGCCAGCAGAGCGGAAUCAAGGAUCUCUGGAGACCCUGAGAGAAGCUGCAAUGUUCAGCGACCUACGACCUCAAGCGCAGCCACGCUUCCAAAAAUAUCUGCAGGAGGACCUCUGAGAAAGCAGCCGCAGACUGAUAAAGAUGAUAGUGAUGGAUGGGCAGCAGAGAAGCGUCAGCAAACGGUCAGAGCAUCUGUGUCUGAGACUGACCUCCCAGAUGGGCUGAAGGACAGAUGUCCAGCAAACACUGACCGAAACGUCUCAGAGCCAGCAGGCGGCGCUCUCAGCAUCACGACAGAGAUGAGUCUGGACCGAGUCUGCGGGGACCACGGACGGGCCGGACAGGCUUGUGGAUUUGUGUCGCAGGAGCUGUGUUACGUCUGCAUGCAGCGAGCGCAGAGAAACCUUCCUUUAUACCGCUCUGAUGAAAGCAGAGGCGAGCGGGAGCAAGAACGAGUGUUAAUGCUUCGAGAACAUCAGAGAGACCUGCAGUACUUCCAGAAAGAAGAGAUGGACAGACUGAAGAAGCGGGAGGACGGUCAGAAGCUGGCGAUGUUUAAUCUGGCCGUUGCAGAAGCUCAGAGACGCAGGAAAGCGCAGGCAUCUGUCCAAUCAGACAUGCUGGGGGCAGACGGACGCGGACGGACGCAGACGGACGCAGACGGACGGACUGCUGCAGUUCUCUGGAUGGCAUUAGAAAGAUCCCAGCAGCUUCGUGAGAAACACAAGAUGGCCGAGGAGUACCAAAAGGCACUUAUAGUGCAAACGACUCUACACUGUUCAGAAAUCUCUCCACGCUUGGACGCGUGGCCUGUGUUUGGACGGAUGGACUCCAGCCCGGCGGCUUUAGCAGAACAGAGACAGAGAGCGCAGAAGAUCUCUGAAGAGCUGAUGAAUACAGCCAACCAAAGGAGGAGAGAAAAACUGGAGAAACGCUUGAACCAGCAGAAGAGAGAGAGAGAAAUGAUGCAGAGAGAUCAAGCAGAAAUGAUAGCCGAGCGAAUGCGUCGCUGUGAGAAGCUGCGUCUCCUGCAGGCCGUGUUCAAGGAGAGCUGGCAGUACAACACCGACCUCAAACACCAGAGAGACCAAGAGGAGCUGAGCAGACGGAGGUUCGGUGGUCAAACUCUGACAGAACAACUCAGAAAAUAUGAGCGAUGCGGUCAGUGCAAACGCAGCACCACCAACCGCGGCGAGAGUAACAUCUUCAGAGACACCAAUUUUGUGACUGGAGCUCGACUGAUGCUGUAGACCUUGAAUUUCAACCCAGCAAAAUAAGAGAACAUUAUUAUAAAGAUGCAUCCACUUCUGCAGACCAUUUCUCAAAAAAUGUAUCUACAGACCCAUCUCCAAUCUUUCAUCCCUUUCCAAAGUGCCAGAAAAAGUAGUAGAUGUGUAGCCUCUGGUCCAUUUAAAGCAAAAUUCCAGUUUUUGCUUCAAUCACAACCAGAAUGAUGGUCAGGAUUACAAAUGAACUAGUGAUGAGAGUGGAUGCUGGCUCCUGACCUCUCUAUAUCCUCUUGGAUCCGAGCUCAGCACUUGACUCUGUGGACCUCAAUAUUCUCCUGCAUCAGUUGCUCUUCCAGUGGUCUCGCUGAUUCUGUGUAUGACUGGUUUUCAUUUACCUUCCUGGGAGAACUGAGCAUGUCAUUUUGGGAGAGGUUAAAUCCUUGACACACAUGACCAGUCCACACCUUAGAAGCGAUUCAUUGUUUAUACAGCAAUAAAUUUAGCUAUGAUCUUUCAUGUCCACCAACAUCUGUUUAGACUCUGAAGAAUGUUUGCAUGUCAUCAAAUGUCUUUAAGGAGCAGUCAGUGCGGCAAAUACAGAAAUGGACACCAGGUGGAGCUUCAAUGUCAAAAACAAUUGACUUACUGACGGCUGAAACCACAUCAGAGCAACAAAUCUUAUAUCAGGGACCUCAUUUAUAAAGUGUGAUUAUGCACAGAUUUGAUCAGGGUCUAGGAAGUCAUAUGCACUUUUAUCAUUGGAGUAUUAUUGUUCUUGCAGCUCACUGAGCAAAUUUAGGAUAAUUGGUGACAUUUUAUAUAUUAAUGACAUUAAUUAUAAGUUGUUUACAAGCAGAGAGCUGAAACCAUUCAUUUGUGCCCAAAUUCAAGAUCAUUUAUGAUUCAUAGGUUUCAUAUGAAUGAGAGGUGGACACGUUUUCUGUUCAUACGCUCGUUCUGUGAAUCCAGCACACACACAUCAGAAAGAUUAUCGCAAGAUCAACUUAAGGAUGAUUUGUAGACCCUAGAAGUCAGUAACUACUCACAGACCGCCGGUGAAUCUUGAAGACCUUCGUUGUCUGCUUUAGUCUGUAAAGCUUUACCUUCUUGACCCAUAUAUAGUAUUUGCAUAUUGUUCUUGUAAGAGUUUGACGCCAGGAUUGAGAGUAUUUUGCAAUCAUGACCUCACAUACUGUACAUCUGUAAAAAGUGAAUGAGACCCGAAGGAACUAAAGUUAAAUAAAAAAACAGUCAAGUAAACGCAUAAAAA